AUGUCGGAAAACAUUAUAACGUCAGAUGGGCUACUAAAUGCCCCUGGCACAAGCAAUGCCUUUGAGAAUGAGGAUAAGAUGGAAGUCUCAUACGACAUCGCUAACGAGGAUGAUCUACUCGGCAAGUCCGAUGACGACGAACAAAUCCUUCCAUAUCAAGUGCCUAGAAAACCUAAACAGCCUAAACAGCAACGUCAAAGCCGCGACAGGCGCCCUCAAAGGAGUACCAGCGAACCAAGGACAGAACAGUACCGAAAACGUCGCAGAACCGUAAACGGAGCCAUAGCCUAUCCGCGGAGGACAAAAUUAGCCAAGCCGAAGGUGCGAUCAAAGCUUUAAAAAGGCACACGGACAGGGGAACUUGCCCAGAAAACGUACAAUAUAGGGCGAGGGCCAAAAUAUCCCUCAGCGGACGAGGACUUCAAGAGAGAGAUAAAACAAAUCCGUAAGAACGCGGAGCAAGAAACACUCAAUGCGAUUAUACGAUUCCAUCAACGAGAAAUCGGCCGUUUUAAGGCCGAAACCGUGAAAGGAAAGCGAGCCGCACCGGUUAUAGCACUGAACACUAAGAACUGUAGUAUGAUUGAACCAGCGCGCGCAGCGCAAGCUGAAAACAACGUAACGAUCGAAACAGUAAAACACUUUGGCACAAAUCGCCCAGUUCGGCAAUAUGAUGGAAAAACUAGGAGCAAUUGA